UUUCGCCUCUUCGGGAAUGCUGAUAUCGUAUCCAUCAAUCCAUUCCCCAAUCUCCUUCUCUCCUUAGCUCUUGUAUCCCUUCUGCUGCUGCUUUAUGGCACAUGGUAUUCUUUGACAUUACCUCAGUUUACUAUAUAUACAUACGCCUUCACCCCCUUACUCCGGUAUUACCUUGAUCGCGAACCCCUAAACUCCCAAAGAGCGAUGGCUUCAGGAAGCUGAUCUGUUUACUGACUGCCAAAAGUUCCAUGUUAUCGCACUGAGAUAUGACCAUUUGGGAAUGCGCUCCUGGAGAUGAAUUCUAUUUCGCUGGUGGAAGCGUUCCUGGCUAGCUAAAAAAAAUCGCCAGUAUUUCCAAGGGGCUUUUAAUUAAACCAUGGACUUUCCAGGCGGGUCCGUCACCAACAUACGCGUCAUUGAUGGAUUCUCGCAAAUAUAUUGGAGAAUCUAUACCGAGGAGCCUGGUAUAACCAAUAUACCUGGCGAAUCUCCUGCAAAUGGCUAUACCAUUUUGAAACAUCUCAGCCGCCUCAAAGAUCUUGAGCUUAGGUUGAGGAAUCUGGAUUGCUUGGUUUCAAGCUAUCCUCGAAGACUCUGUCUCUGGACUUUCUCCUCUACUCCCGGAUUUGAGGCUCUGGCCUCUGUGGCAGCAAGUCGGGGUAAAGAUGACACGGGUAGGCUUCUCGUCGGUUCUACUACGUUGAAAGUGUCCUCUUCUGGCAGUGUUUCCUCGUCAGAUUUGGUCAAGAAUCUUUCAGUAGAGCCUCAACAUGCGACGGGUGCAGCCGGGCCGCAAAGACCCAGUGCGCCUACACCGUUUGUCACCAUCUACGCUUCGUUCAUUUCAGCUCUGAUGGGAACUUUAAGUCUUCAAUUGAUACAGCAAGUUGGUGCAGUUCCGCUAGGGUCACGGACCCUGCUCACGCUAGACGAACGAGGUCUCCACGAGACCGUCGGCCACAGUGCUGAGAGCUCCACUUUUGCUCCAUCGCUGACUACGCUCCAAGUUCAACUGAUAUCUGCUGGAAAACUAACUGUGGCUUUGCAAACCGUACCACAACCUGGCCUGUUGAGAUUAUGCAAGUCUGAAGAUUCUCCAGAAAGCCAUGACACUCCUCCCGGCACAGAUCUCUGGCUUUCUCCAAGCGGGUCGAUCGCCAGACUAGUGACGACAAGACCAGCUCAGAGGGUGGGUUCUUCUCCGUACCCUUACAGCACCGGGGGUGUGGGGUCUGAUAGAUCGGACCCAGUGAACCGCAAACAGUGGAUGGCCAAUGUGCUGGGCUGGCUUGCCAAUUUUGGUCUUCCAGUAGAUGGCAUCGGUGAAGAUUCAUGGGUGGAAGUUGAAGUUUGGGAACCGUUCUACUCUAGGUUGGCCGGGGAAACAUGGCGGCCGAACGAUGGAGGCUUAUCAACGCUUCCUCUCAAGCGAAUUCUUUGGCCAGCUAUAUACUGCUUCAGAAGGACAAAAUCAGCAUCUUCAGACUCCUAUGGUGAAAUGGAAAGCGUCUGUGCUGUCAUUGAUAACCCUCUAGAAUUUGCAGAAAAGUGGCACGUAUUAGAGAAGCCCAACCUUAACGAAACGAGCCCUAAGCCUCUAUCUAUCGCCCAGGAAUCAGAGACCAAGGACCAAGAUGCACCUACUCCCGAUACGGCUGGUUUACCUGAAGGACUGGAAAGCCUUUCUCGGGCUUCACAGUAUCCAGACCUACAGACUGCAGGCCUUGUAUAUCCCACGCCACCAGAUGGGGCCACGACGGCAGGGCUCAAUCCUACCACAGUCUCAGAUGCGUUCUCUGAAGACUUAUACAACAGUUCAGCCUUUCCCCAGCAGACCAGGCAGAUUUCUUUCGGCCAGCCACACAGCAAGGAUCGCUCUGCAGUGGAUGUGACAAUGGGGUUCGGCCCUUCGGCAGGUCUUGCUGUUGGAUCCGGACUGUACGAUACCAACGAUGAUGAUGAUCUGUUCGGUGAUAUGAAUGAGAGGGAUUUUGGAGCUAAAGGGAUCACGGAUGCAGACUUCAGCUUCUUCGAUGAACCGGGGUUUGACCGUAUGGACGAAGGAGAUCACCCAGAUCCCAUGCAUGAAAUGCCGGAUUUUAGUGAGACAGAUCAGCUUGAAGCACAACCUACACCGGCUGAGCACACCUUUCCCGGCUUGGUGCAAGAAGCUGUCGGAGAUCAGAUGUUUGAGCCUGAAGCUGACAAAAUGGACGUUACUACGGAUGCUCAGAGCGAACAACCUCCGCAUGAAAAGGAUGUCCCUCUGCCAUCGCCCCAGGAAGACAAUGUCGCCACUAUAAGCCCUCCACUGAGUCCGGUUGAGGUCAAGAAAUUUCUUUUCCCUGAGCCACAAGCCGAGAGUCACCCGUCGCCCCAGCAAGGGCAGAUGCCGGGGUAUUAUAAACCCAUUCAUUUCAAGCAGGGGAUCUCCAGCUGGGAUCAGAAAUACAGUACUGAAGGCAAGUUCUGGUUUAAGAUGCGUGGGAAAGACACAAUUGAGAACGCCACCACUACGAGCAGUGAUAUUCCAACCAUCGGCCUUCCUCGCCACGCUACAAUAUCGAAAAAAAGCGCGGGUAUAAAACCAUUUGAUGAGCAUGGCAGUCCGCUGGACGACAUAUUCCAGGAAGCAACAUCAGACUCCGAGUUAAGCGAUGCUGCGAGCAUUGACGGCGCUGAGAGUGAAGCUGAAAGCGAUCUUUCACCGGCUACAUACCCUACGCGCAAAAGAAAACGCAGUCUUUCCAAUUCCGGUACCUCAUUGGCUUUGUCCCCAGAGAAGACUUCGAUAAACGCAGAGCAAGACACAGCGACUCAACGUCCCGAGGACUCCGUCUUCUUGGGAAACUUCCUAUCAACCUUCUCCGAUUGGUCCUUGACCGGCUACUUCUCGCUCUCUCAAAACCAAACAUUUCCCGCCCUUCUUCAAAAAGAAUUGCAAGUUCAGAUUGCCCAAAUCCUGGUCGAUCAAAUCACACAAUCUUCUCUGGAUCACAAGUAUGAUGGGACUGUUGGUCUGUCAGGCUGUGGAAACGAGGCGCAUUCUCCGCAAAGCGUUGAUGACGAAUCAUUCAUGGGCGGGAUAGAAAGGCUCGAUUUGAAUAGCUUCGUCUCUCUGCAGGAUCCCGUAGCACUUUCGCCUAGCACUCAGGCCCGACAAUCUUCGCAGCGGAAAGACACAAGCAAGGGCACCAUUUCUCGCCUCGGCCCACCACAUCUACGUGUCUGCCGCGGCAAAGACUUUCUGGAAACACUACCACCAGCAAUCCCAUUCUGGGAAACGUUUGGGUUGGGACCGGCCCAUGGCCAGAAGGAUAUACUUGCCUAUUGCAUCCAUCCCCAUACCGCUACAGAAGCUGCGGAUACCUUUUUAGACCGUCUGGGCUUGGUAUAUUCUGGCUGCAAUCUUGGUAGUCAUGAUCGAGGGAAUAGCUCAAACCUGUUUAAUCGUGGUAUGGGCUCAUGGGACAUCGAUUUGUCACACACUCGCUAUUCAUCUAUCAUGCAAUCCUUGAAGACGAUCUGUGAGGGCUUAGGGACGGCUUUGCUACAGAGUCCACCUGACAAGGAGAACAACCUUGUUGUUUAUAUCGUCAACCCCUUUGCUCAUGCUGCGGCCUUGGUCGAUAUUUGUUCGGCCUUCUGGAUUCUGUUCCAAAGAUAUGUGGCCGAUGCUGACAGGCAGCAGGCCCGCCAACUCAAUGAGCUUGUGUUGCAGAUCGUUCCCCUCGACUUUCUAAUGUCGAAUGAAUCUUUAGUCGUACCUCCUCAGGCAGAGUACUUGAACUUGGCUCUCGAGGUCUAUAGCCGGUGCCCACCGAAGUCACCUCACUCUAGCUUGGUCAACGGCGCUCCUCCAAUGCUUCUUGCAGAACCACUUCCAAAGAUCAUCAACUUCAAACUCUCAUCUGAGAAGAUAUCUCCACUGCAAGAAGGCAGGUGUCUCCACAUCGCGUGCUCCAGAAGUCAAGAUCAAAGGUGGAUGAGUGUGGCCUGGUCAGAUAACACCGGCGCUCUGCAGCGAACCAUGUCCUAUUGCCUCCGCUUCCGCAACUCGUCCGUGGUGAGAAGCAUUGCGGAAGUUCGCGCUGAAAUCUGGGGAGCAACGAAGGACAUUAUGGACAGGACUCAGGCGCGCUGGCGGGUCAUUGUCGCCAACACAGAUCCUGUGGAUCAGGAAGAGGUUGACACCUGGACAGCCCUCACGGAACAGUAUAACAAGUCUAGAUCAGCGAACCUAGAAUUGACGAUUUUGAGCGUCGGUGCCACGCCCGAUCUCACACUUGAGCCACCCUUCUUGCCUUUGCCCAUGAGCGCAGUCAAUCCUCUUGCGUCAACCACCCCCAUUGCUACGCCGAAUCCUAGCAUUUCCUCACCCGACCAAAUCAGCACUGCGCCCACCCCUCCAAGCGCAGCAAAUGUACCUCCAAACGCCCCUACCCCGACAGAUACCAAUCCUGAGAUAGAGUCCGAAUCCCUCCUCAUGGACAUAUGCGAUGAGACGUGGGGCGUUGUUCUGUCCCAUCGUCUUAACAGCUCUAUGCAUCAAACCGAGUAUCGACCCGCGCUGGCCAGCGGAUACCUGCUUCGCAGGAGAGGCUCUACCGACGGAGACGGGGUGUAUACCAUGGGUGCCAACAUCAUCUAUUCAAGGCGUUCUUCAGCUUCGUAUGACGCCGUUCUUCGGGAGAUCCUGAGCAUGUACCGUGAUCUCGCGACUCUGGCUCGAGCCCGGGGCACUCGGGCAGUGCAGCAGGGUACACUACCUUGGCACAUUGCUACUGUGGUCAAGGCUCAGGCGCUUCUGAGCUAUGUUCUCUGAUAAUUCUUUUUGUGUUAUAUUAGUUCAUUAUACCAUGUCGCGGCUGGUGUGAAGAUACGGCGUAUGGUGUUAUUUACCUUACUAGAAUAUGAUCCUAG